AUGUCAGGGAAUAUAAAUAGAGGCCCCGGUACAACUUGCGCCACCCUGUUUGCCCAACCUCAUGCCCAGACUCCUUUGAAGCAUUUCGCUAAAAGUAGAGACAGAAGUUUCGAAAUGCCUCCACGAAAGCUCCAAGUUGGCAUAGCCGGCCUCGGCCGCAUGGGAAAGCGGCACACCGUCAACUUUUUCCAAUCGGUGCCGCGCGCCGAGCUCGUCGCCGUCUCGUCGCCGGACGCGGAGGAGCGAGAUUGGGCGUCCAAAUUGCUCGGCCCAUCCGGCGUCAAGGUGUACUCGAGCUACGACGCGAUGCUCCGGCACCCAGGCCUGGAAGCCGUCAUCGUGGCCUCGGCGACGACCGUUCACGCGACGCAAGCCAUCAAGGCCAUCGAGGCCGGGAAACACGUCCUCUGCGAGAAGCCGCUGGCGACAACGGCGGAAGUGUCCCAAACAGUCGUCGACGCCGCGGCGACGCGGCCCGAUCUCAAGGUCAUAUGCGGCUUCUCCCGCCGCUUCGACGAGCACUACCGCGACGCGCACGCCAAGAUGAGCGCGGGCGACAUUGGGCGGGCGUCGGUGCUGCGCAGCCAGACGUGCGACAUGCUGGACCCGUCGGGCUUCCUCGUCGCGUACGCCGAGUUCAGCGGCGGCAUCUUUGUCGACUGCUCCAUCCACGACGUGGAUCUCGCCCUGUGGUUCUUUGGCGAGGACGACGACAGCAAGGUCAGGUCCGUGUGCGCCGUCGGCAUCACCGCCGUCGAGCCCGGCCUCGGCCGGUACAACGACCGGGACAACGCCAUGGGUCUCGUCGAGUUUGCCGACGGCCGCAUCGCCCACCUCUACUCGUCGCGCAUGAUGGCCGCCGGCCAGGACGACGCGACGGAGAUCAUCGGCACCAGGGGCAAGCUGAGCGUCAACAGCCUGCCCGCCGCCAACCUCGUGCGCGUGUACGAGGCGGGCGGGAUUCGGCAGGAGCUCCCGCAGAACUACUGGGAUCGCUUCAAAAACGCGUUUGCGCGUGAAGCGGUCGAGUUCACCGACUGCUGCCUGGACGACACCGAGGUGCCGGUCAAGUUGACCACUGCGGUGGCGGCUGUGCGGAUUGCGGCGGCGCUUCAACAGUCCAUGAUUACAGGAGAAAAGAUUUGGUUUAAUCAGCUCGGGCAGCAGGCUAUCAAGGCUCAGCUAUAG